AUGCUCGGCGGGAAGAACAAGAUGUGGAUUCUCGGUGCGUUUUUGAUCGGAUCCAUAGGAAUGGGACAGAGCCUGAUCGAGUCUUCGGAACAUCCCAGGACGUGUGAACCCAUUACGAUCGAUAUGUGUAAAGGUCUCGGUUACAAGAUGACUUCCAUGCCGAAUUUCGUCGGGCAUUAUCUCCAAACCGAUGCAUUCUUGCAGCUGCAGACCUACAAUUCCCUCGUUCAGUGCGGAUGCAGUUCUCAGCUUCAGGUUUUUCUCUGUUCCGUAUACGUCCCGAUGUGUACGGAAAAAGUGCCGAAUCCCAUCGGACCCUGUCGAUCCCUAUGUGAGAUUGUACGAGACAGGUGUUCUCCAGUUCUGAAACAAUUUGGCUUCCCGUGGCCGGUGGCAUUGAAUUGCUCCAAGUUCCCGCCGGAAAACAACCACGUGCACAUGUGCAUGGAAGGACCAGGGGAGAAGGAUCCUACUGGACCUCCCGUCCACCAUUUCCUGGAUUUCAGGAAUUCUUUGGAUCUGAAUCGACCAUCCCCGUUUGAACUGCCGCUGCCACACGGUCCUUCGGCUGGUCUUUCACUGCAGGGUCUUUGUACGGACUACAAGAAACCGGAAGGAUGGGUGUUCAUCAACCGGACAAAGCGAUGUGCCCAAGUGUGCGAUGCGGACGUGGCGUUCACGGCUGACGAGAAGGAUUUCGCAGGGGUCUGGAUGGCCGUUUGGGCCUCCUUAUGCCUUGCUUCCACACUUUUCACUAUCAUCACGUUCCUCCUGGAACCCGGAAAUUUCCGUUAUCCCGAGCGGCCCAUCGUGCUACUCUACGGAUGCUACGCUCUUAUGGCAACGGGAAUGCUGGUCAGGGUUAUCGUGGGUCGUCGCGGUCUCGCCUGUCAACGUUACGGACACGACACGGACAUCCUCGUUCAAGACGGACUCGGGAACACAGCCUGUGCCUUGGUCUUCCUCUUGAUCUACUAUUUCGGGACAGGGGCUUCGGUGUGGUGGGUCAUCCUGACCUUCACCUGGUUCCUUUCGUGCCGACGAUGGACUGCAGACAGGAUCGCCGGGAAGGCAUCGUUUUAUCAUCUCGUGGCAUGGGGAGUACCGGCUGCAUUCACGAUCGCCAUCCUCGUCAUGCACGAGAUCGAUGCCGACGAGCUCACCGGCCUCUGUUCCGUGGGCAAUCAAGAUGAUAGAGCCCUGGUUCAGUUCGUGAUCGGCCCCCAGUUGACGUGUCUAGUGCUGGGGAGCAUCUUCCUUGCCGUGGGAUUCCUGACAUAUCCUCGGGAUCGGAACGGUGCCCGUCGUCCCCUUGCCAUCCGAAUCGGGAUCUUCAGCCUCCUCUACAUUGUCCCUGCCGCCUGUGUCAUGGCAGGACACUUUUACCAGCUGGGCAAUCGAUCCGCGUGGGUUCAUCAGGGCAAGAAACCCUUCAUAGAACUCUUUAUGCUGGAGAUCUUCAUGAGCAUGGUGGUCGGUAUCACGUCGGGGAUGUGGGUAUGGAGCGAGAAGACUGGAAAGUCAUGGAGGGGGUUCUGCCACCGACUCGUUCCCAUUCCUACCCCUGGUGUCCCCUUGGAAAAGAAGAGCACCGGCUCCACCCCUCUCCAGCAUCAACAUUCGAACCCCGUCACUUCUCCCCUCGUCAGGGAUUCCAGCAACCCUCAUCGGCAUCAUCGCCACCACCACCACCAUCAUCAUAAGCCCUACUGCAAGAGCGAAUGCACUGUCUGA